AUGUCGUCCAAAAGACCUUUGUCUGAACUUGAAUUACAAAUGGAAAUUGAACGAAUAAUGAAUGGAGAAGAAAGUAAUUCAGAACUUUAUAGUGAUAGCGGAAGUGACUGGGAAGAAGAUAAUUUAGAAGUCGAUGAGUCUAUUUCAGAUGACGAUGAUGAUACCAAUUCGGAUGAGGAUGUUAGAACUGCACGCCAUGAUUCCCCAGUUUUUUCCACACAAGAGACUAGAAAUGUUCCCAUAGAUGUUGCUGAUGUACGUAGUUCAACAGUAGUACCACAAAACGUUGAACAAGAAACCGAUCAAAAUCUCCCAUUGUCUAAAAUACCCCGAAAGGAGAAGAGUAUAAUUUUGCCCAAUACAACUAAUCUCAAGGGAAAAAACGGACAUAAAUGGUCAGCUAAAUUACCGCUAAGAUCUAAAAGAACAGCUAGUCGAAAUAUAGUACAUUUUUUGGUAGGCAGUAAAGGAAAAGCUAAAGAGUGUUUAACAGUUGAGGAUCACUUCUUGCAUUUUAUUUCCAAUGAUAUAUUGAAUAUAAUUCUUCAACACACUAAUGAAGAAAUUACCAGACAAUCUGCGAAAUAUGCUAAAGCCGAAGCCUGGAUCUCACAUGUUUCUAAGGAGGAAAUAAUGGCAUUUUUUGCAGUGCUGCUACUCUCUGCCGUGAAAAAAGAUAAUCAUCUUCACGUCAAACGGAUGUUUGAUUCUGCUAUUUCGGGUUCAUUUUAUAAAAGUUGCAUGUGUUACGAACGUUUUAACUUUCUAGUUAAUUGUCUUAGAUUUGAUGAUAAAGAAAGUAGAGAAGCGAGAAAGCAAGAUGAUCCUUUUACACAUAUACGUAAAAUAUGGGAAAUAUUCAUCGACACCUGCAGAACGUCGUAUACGCCAUCGUCUUAUCUGACAAUAGACGAGCAACUUCUGGGCUUCCGCGGCAGGUGCCCUUUUAAAAUGUAUAUACCUACUAAGCCAGCUAAAUAUGGCAUAAAGAUAGUGAUGCUAUGUGAUUCUUCAUCAAAAUAUCUAGUUGACGCAUGUCCACACUUAGGAAAGGGAACGCAAACUGGAGGUUUAUCAGUAGCAAAUUAUUUUGUAAAAGAACUAACAAAGUCUGUUCACGGCAGCAAUCGAAAUAUCACGAUGGACAAUUGGUUCACUUCGGUUGACCUUGCUGAUGAACUACUACAAAAACCAUAUAAACUUACGAUGUUAGGAACAAUAAAAAAAAAUAAACGGGAGAUACCCCCACAACUAUUAGAAACGAAAGGAAGGAAUCCUAAAACUUCAAUGUUUUGUUUUGACCGAAACAAAACAUUGGUGUCUUACGAACCGAAAAAAAAUAAAAUCGUUUUAUUGCUAUCCACGAUGCAUGAUGGAGCGGAAAUUUCAGAAGAAAAUGGUAAACCAAUGAUGAUUCUUAAUUAUAAUGAAACCAAAGGAGGGGUCGAUACGUUUGAUCAGCUUUCUUCAAAUAUGAGUUGCAGUCGAAAAACCAGAAGAUGGCCGUUAUGUGUAUUUUACGGAAUGGUAAAUUCAGCCAGUAUUAAUUCAUAUAUAGUAUAUUGCUACAAUACAUUUAAGAGGGGCGAAAAACCUUUAUCACGGGAAGGAUUUAUGAUUGAAUUGGCCUAUCGCCUUGCAAAGCCGUGGAUGGAGCACAGAAUAAGCGUUCCAAGUUUACGUCGAAAUCUACGCCAAAACAUUUGCGAAAUACUCAAGGUAGAUGUGGUGGAUGAAAAUACGGUUCCUCAAGACAAAAAACGUACAAUUUGUUUUUACUGCCCGAGCAAAUUAAGGCGAAUGACCACCACCUAUUGUGUGCAGUGUAGAAAGGCAUUUUGUGGAACGCAUCGUGGAAAUUACUGCACCGAAUGCGCCUCGCAUUAA